AUGGGUUGUAUCUAUUCUAGAAAAAUGAUCGAGGAAGAUGCAGUUUACGAUAUGGCGCCGAUCCGCCACCUGCCGGUGAUUUUUGUCAAUGGCGUACCAGGCGCUGGCAAUCAAACGGUGGCUCAGACUAUAUCGAGUAUCACGGGCUACGUGAUGAUCAGGCCUGGGGAGCUGGUGAGGGCGGAGGCAGAAAAGGACACAGCAAGGGGGCGACUUAUUGCGGAUAAGCUGCAAGCUCAGGAAGAUAUCCAAGAGCAAUUAAUAGUGGAUCUCAUAAAAGAAGCGAUGCUGUCACAGCAAGACGCUAAGGGCUACAUACUGGUAGGAUUCCCGAAGAACCCUCGCAUGUCGAAUAUAUUUAACAGCCAAGUUAAAUGGCCCGAGAAGAUAGUCGCGUUGGAGGUUGAUAAUGAGGUAGCAGCAACGAGGCUACAGAACAAACUGUCUGAGUUGGGGAGACCUGAGUCGGAGAUCAACGCGGCACGAGAAAUCGUCAGAGAAGCGGCGCACAAAGUCAAGAAUGUUCACAAGCGUUUCGGUGGACAUGUCAUUACGUUGGACAGUAGCGGUAAUCCAAAAGCGCUCGCUUCAACACUGAAAGAGAUCUUGUCAGACACAAUAGAGCAGAGCAGCAAGAGGCCAGAGUCAGCGGAGAGCAGGCCUCCCACCGCCGCGUCCGCACCCGCGAUGAGCUACCAAGCCCCCACAGUCCCUGUAACAGUCGACAGCGACAUGGAAGUAGAACAAUGA